AGCCACAAGCCAGGCUGCCACCUCCCCCCUUCCAACCAUCGUCUCCUCCCUUUCUUCCACCUCCACCACACCACGCCGCACCACAACCGCCGCUCCACCCUGGUCCCACCCCGCCCCCCUCCCCUCAAAUCCCCCGCCCCCCCGCGCGCCGAAUUCGCCGUCAAUCGCCGCUCUGCCCUCCCCCCCACCGAGCGCGCGCGAAGGCUGCCCGCGAUGGCGCUGUCCGCGUCGGCGGCGUCGGCGGGGAGGGGCGCGCGGGCCGAGAAGGUGCGCAGGAUCUUCGAGCGCUUCGACGCCAACGGGGACGGCGGGCUCGAUCGGGCCGAGAUGGCCAAGCUCGUUGUCGCCGUCAACCCGCGGGUUAAGUUCAGCGAGGACCAGAUCUCCGCCAUCCUCGACGAGGUCUUCCGCACCUACGCCGAGUUCAUCCUCCCGGGGGGCCAGGGACUGUCCCUCACCGGCCUGCUCCGGACUUACGACGACGGCGCCGGGGACGUCGACCGCGACUUCCUCGCGCUCUCCCUGCCCGCCGUCGACUCCGACGCCUCCUCCCCGGAGAUCGCGCCCGGGGACCUCGCCGCCUCGUCCUCUCCGACCUCCGGCGCCGCCGUAGCCGCCUCGCUGCUCGACGACCACCUCAAGCCGCUCGGCAUCGGCGGCACGGGCCCUUCCUCCAGCUCCCGCGCUGCCGUCGCCGCGCCGGCCUGGGCGACCUCGCCCAGCCACGGGAUUGCGUUCGAUUCCUCCUGGGCGCUCCUCGACGACCUGGAGAUACUCGUCAAGCGCCUCCGCUCCAAGCAGCUGCGGAAGACCUCCUCCAUCGACACCAGCGGGGGCGGCAGCAAUCUCGACUCCUUCUCUGAGGCCGGCUGGUCCAGGGAGAUCUCCGGCUCCGCCGAUUCGGGUUUAGCAGCCGCGCCGUGGGACGAGACCAGCCGGGACUACCUCACCUUCGUCAAGGAGCUCGCUGUUCUCCGCACGCGCGCGGACGCCUCCCGCUCUCGCGAGGAGGCCUUCGACAACCACAUGGUCAUCGGCCGGGCGCUAUGCGAGCACCGCCUCUUCCGAGACGCCCUUGCCAGCUUCCGCCGUGGCUGCGAGCUGCAGCCCACUGACGUCCGCCCGCACUUCCGUGCUGGUAACUGCCUCUACGCUCUGGGCCGCCACGCCGAGGCCAAGGAGGAGUUCCUCCUUGCCCUCGAGGCGGCAGAGGCAGGUAACUCCCAGUCCGCGGACAUUCUCCCACAGAUCCAUGUCAACCUUGGUAUUGCAAUGGAGGCUGAGGGGAUGGUACUUGGUGCCUGCGAGCACUAUCGAGAGGCUGCCAUACUGUGUCCAUCUCAUGCCCGCGCGCUGAAGCUCCUUGGGAGUGCACUCUUUGGUGUUGGGGAAUACCGUGCAGCCGAGAAGGCACUGGAGGAGGCCAUCUUCCUCAAGCCAGACUAUGCUGAUGCGCACUGCGAUCUUGGCUCAGCAUUGCAUGCAGUAGGGGAUGAUGACCGUGCGGUUGAGGAGUUCCAGAAAGCAAUUGAUCUUAAACCUGGGCAUGUCGAUGCCUUAUACAAUCUUGGUGGAUUGAACAUGGACGCAGGCCGAUUUGUGCGGGCUGCUGAGAUGUAUACUCGUGUGCUGAGCAUCCGGCCAAACCAUUGGCGUGCUCAGCUAAACAAGGCAGUUGCUUUGCUUGGGCAAGGAGAGUCCGAGGAGGCCAAGAAGGCACUCAAGGAGGCAUUUAAGAUGACACAAAGGGUGGAGGUGUAUGAUGCAAUCUCACAUCUGAAGACACUGCAGAAAAAGAAGCCAAAGCCUUCAAAAGGAAAACAUGAUGCUCAAGGAGAGGAAGCAUUUGUUAUUGUAGAAGCAUCCAAGUUCAAGAGGGUUGGAAGGAAGACCACAUUGCGUCAGGAUUUGGCCAAUGCCCUUGAUAUAAGGGCCUUCGAGAGGACGACAAAGCUUGGCCACUGUGAUGUCGAGCUUCUGAGGAAAGAGAUGAAUGAGACUGAUGUCCCUGUAUCGUACUCAGGCACGGGCAUCCCAGAGAAGUCGAUCAGGAAAGCAGCUCUUGAGGUUAUUCUUCGCAGGCUCCUAUCUUUCCUCAAGCCAGACACCUUCCAGGGUGCAGUGAAGGCAAUGAAUGAAAGAAUUCUCUCUGUCCUUGAUGCUUCUGGCUCUGGCCGCGUUGAUCUCGGGAUGUUCUUUGCCAUCAUUGCUCCAAUCUGUUCUGGUCCAGUGGAUAGGCGCAAGCGUGUCGUUUUCGAUGCACUCCUUUGGCGUCCUGCAAGCGAAGGUGGCAGGGGCCAGAUCAGGAGGAGUGAUGCGCUAAGUUACAUUAAACUUCUUCGCGCUGUUUACAUACCCACACAUGGGGCUAGCGACAUGCUUGAAAUGCAUGGAGAGUCUGACCCUACCAUGGUAUCGUACACAGAGUUCCUUGAAAUGUUCAAUGAUCCUGAUUGGGGAUUUGGAAUUCUAACCACAUUGGUGAAGCUUGAAGACAGUGAUCAUGUUCGCCACGGCAGCCACACCUGCUCCAUAUGCAGAUAUCCUAUCAUCGGUUCACGGUUCAAGGAAACAAAACACUCCUUCAGCUUGUGUAACCGUUGCUACAGUGAAGGGAAGGUUCCAUCGGCCUUCAAGUUGGAGGAGUACAGGUUCAAAGAAUACGGCAACGAAUCGGAGGCUCUUAUAGACAAGUGCAUGUGCUUUAAUUUGAAUUCUAAGAAGCUGGAAACUGAUGCUUGAUUGUUCGAGCAUCGGCGCCGAGUUCUUGAGCACCAACCUGUGUAUCCCCUUUGUAGCUGUGAAGAUGCCUAGUUAGCUCUCCUGCCCCGCCCUCUUGUAAACUAAGGUGCUGCUCUUUUUGGGGUUCUCCAAAUGUGUUCCGACCCUAUGCUGUUAGCUAUUGCUCGUUCCAAGUGUAUGGGAGCAAGAGCAUGUGAUCGUUCCGUGUAUGGGAGCAAGAGCAUGUGAACUCCAAAUACACUCCUGUAACCAUCCCAAAUCAAUGCCACCAAGGCUUUUGAAGUA